AUGGCGACUGGUAGCAGGCAUCGUGAUAAACACUCGACGUUUCUGUACAAUUUGCCGUACAGUAUUACGAUAGAACUCUGUCAUGGCCUCGAUAUUGACCACGCUUGGGAACGUUUAGCUGGUGAGAUAGGCUACCUUCAUCAAGAUGUAAAACUCUUUGAAUUGGCGUACCGAGAACCUAAUGGCAGCCCUACCAAAAAGCUACUCAUGGAUUGGGGCUGUAAAAACCCGACAGUGAUGGAUUUGUACUUGAUCCUUAAAAGGCUUGACAGGCGCAGGGAAACGCAGGUUCUGGAGGCAUGGUUUUCCAGUAGCAGUGAGAAGGUACAUGAUUCACAUGCAUACCAAUGGGACAAUUCCUGUAGCCAUGGAGCUGUGGGAGGAACCCAUAGGGCUGUGGGAGGAUCCCAUGGGGCUGUGGGAGGAUCAGCCCCAACUCCCAGGGAAAUGCUGGAGAACCUUUACUCCACCAAAUUGCCAAAACCAAGUCCACCGGGAGCAGUGCCUCCUGGGAACCCCUCCCACAACAAAGACCAUAAUGUGAACUUCAACAUGCCUGAUAAAUCAAUACAGGGGUCAAAGUUCAUGUCCAAUAAGAUGAUGGAGGACAAACACAUCCCAUCUAUAGAGAAAAAUUAUGAUGAUAAGGUCAUACCAGGGCAAGACAAGGCCAUAUCCGGACAAGACAAAGUCAUAUCUGGGCAGGAUAAGGCUAUAUCUGGACAGGACAAGGGCAAGAAAGUUUCAAUAGGAUUCUUGUCAGGAAGUGGCAACGGAGACAAAUCUAUGUGCUCUGUACAUGUUAAUGAGGUUGAGACAGACGGGCCUGGUGAGAAUAGCAAAGGCAAUAUGGGAGAGCCUUCCAUAAGCCUUGACUUAAUGGAUCGAGUCAAGAGUCAUGAGGGCUUGUCUACCCUGAACCAGAAUGGCAGCUGUGAUGCUGACACUGCCAUGGCUAUCAUCAACACUCCAAGCUUCACGUAUAAGGAAAUAAAUCAGGCUACUAAUGGAUUUAACGACCAGUGCAAGCUUGGUCAAGGCAGUUUUGGUGAGGUCUACAAGGGCCGGCUCAAAAAUUCACAAUGUGCCAUCAAACGACUCUUCUCUGGAUCAGAAGAGGACCAGGAAUCCCAGAGCCACUUGAAAACUGAGCUGAAGGCACUGAUUCGAUAUCGGCAUGAAAACAUUGUAGCACUGUAUGGUUACACAUUAGAGGGUUCCGAUGUCUGCCUGGUCUACCAGUACAUGCCUCAUGGGUCACUGGAGGACAGACUUAGCUGCAAGUGUGGCACACGGCCGUUAACAUGGCAGGAAAGAUUAAUCAUUGUACGAGGAGCUUCCUGUGGCCUUCAGUACUUACACACCCUGGGCACGGCACCACUCAUCCACGGUGAUAUAAAAAGUGCCAAUAUACUUUUGGACAAGCAUUUGGAGGCAAAGAUUUCUGACUUGGGGAUGGCCAAGCAUGCUCAGAAGGGGUCCACCACUGGGGCACUCACUCAUAUCACCAAACAACAAAUGGGAACUAAGGAGUACACCUCCAAGGCCUAUCUACCACCCGAGGCCCAGAGGGGGUCACAAAUGUCUAUCAAAGGAGAUACAUUUUCAUUCGGAGUGGUGAUGAUGGAAGUAUGUACAGGGGAACAAGCUUACGACGAGAAGCGUGAAGGAGGGGAUGCCAAAUACCUGGAGCGCUAUGUGAAUGAGUACCUGGAAGAAAGUCAGACACGAUAUGAAGAUCUCCGUGACAAUAAACCAGGCAUGUGUCCAAGUGCCAUCUAUGACAAACUCUUUCACAUUGCUCUCCAAUGUACACAGAAGAAGAAAAAGGAUCGCCCAGAUAUGGUCAAGGUAUACUUAGGCUUGGAAGAGCUGGAGAGUCAGUAUAAUGGCUUCCUUGUUCAGGGACAAGAAAGCGAGUCAACCAAAUCCCUGGAAGAGGGGAUCAAUGAUCUUCAUCUCCAACAAGAUAUCAGCUGUGAAGACAGUGAAGCUAAGAAACAUCAGGCAGAGAUUCUUUUGAGACCACUGGAUCCAGAGGAAAAUGAAAUCCUUAAAUCAAAACGUGACAUUUUCUUUGGCUCCUACUUAAAAGCUGUCACAGAAAGUGUUGGAUCAGAGGACUAUUUAUAUGACGAGUACUGCGAGGAUGAUGUUACCAUGGUAGCUGAAGGUGACCAACAAUACCAAGGGUAUGAACUUGAUGCAACAGAAAACAUGGAGAGUCUCAGUAAUGAACCUACAUUGACAGAGAAUAGUGUUCCUUUUAGUCAACAGGACAAGGAAGCUGCAACAUUGUUACAACAACAUCAACAGAAGGUUGCAUACUAUGAAGGUGUUGUCAGUGAAGACCAUGUGACAAGUGUUCAAGAAUUCAGCCAGUCAACGGAAGAACCUGACUUAUCUGUAGAAAAUAACAAUAUUUACAAAACAGAGGAUGCUACACCAACACAGGAAACCAAUUCUCAGAAUAAUUCUGACAAAGGUGAAGGUCAGCUGGAAGUGCUCUACAGUAAUAAACGGGAAAUGGGGACAAGUUAUGAAGGACAUAUGCAGGCAGAAAUGAUCUUUCAGCACCAUGUCGAUUCAGAGUCCACAUUUAAACAGCAGAAUGACAAUAUGGAUCAUUUAUUUGCUAGCUGCAGAAACAUUUCUCCAAAUUCUAGUCAGUUAUGGCAACAGAAGCGUGCAGAGCCCAGUGAAAGUGAAUGUUUUGUCUGAACCAGAAGGGAAUUCCUAAUAUGCAUAAGAGCAUAUAUCAUUAUCAUAGUAGUCAUUUUCAUCUAAGUCAUGUUUUACACUAGUUCAUUCUUGGUAUAGAUAUUGACCCAAAAUAUAUUACUGUGACUGUGAUUCAUAAACAUUCUUAGUUAAACCUGUCAAAAUCUGUCUUCGGGAGGAAUCAAAAUUGGUCUUAAUUGGUUGUUAUAUAAUGGUUGUUAUAGGGAGUUUGUAUAGACAGAGAGUACAGUAUUAUGAACAGGUGGAUAAAAAGGCAUGUCACCAAAUAUGUAUUGGUAUAAAAGGAAUUGUAAUCAUAUUAUUUAUUGUCAUAUUUGCUGCUUUAGCAGAGACACUAGUCUCUAUACAGAUUUAAUAUGGAAGUGUUGUCUACUGUAUCAUGUUGGUACAAGUUUGUUUCUUCUCAAUUGUAUACCUAAUAUAUUUGUUUAUCAUUGUAAUAUCAUUGUAAGUGAUGUUUUAUCAGUGAAUAUACACAUGUAUUAAUGAGUGCGCUAUAGUAUUGAGCGUGUAAACAGCAUUGAACAGUUGGGUUGCUAAAAAUUUCAUUGUCUAAGGUGUUUAAGAACUCCAACCUGUUUAUUGGUUAAAAAUAUCUUUACCUACCAAAUAUCAUCUCAUGUUUUCAUAUGGAAAUAAAAACAUAGUAAUUCACCUAAACAUUAGAAACAUACAUUAAUGUUUUGAAAUAAAUGUUGCCAAAACCUUGAAAAUGAUAUUUAACGAAUCAAGAUCAAAGAACAUCUGACUUCCUGUUCAUCUGAUUUCUUUUUUAAGGGUCGGAAUCCUUCAUCACUUUCUGUAAACAUGAAAAUGUAUCGUAUCUUACAAAAAAGUCGCUGAAGGUUCCCAAUUUUGUAUAAGAGCAUUAUUUAAAGUUUUCACAAACAUCAUGAGGAACACCACUAGUUUAUUAUGUUGCUUAUAAAAUUUGAUUUGGAUUUAUUCAAAGGUAUUUGACUGUUUGAGUGUUUAAAAUGAUGUAUACAAAGUCUAUUCAAAAGGACAUAUAUAUAUAUUUAUAAACACAAAUAUGUAUUUCAUGUGCUGUUUUAAAAAAAAUGGAGUUGUGUACUUAAGCUUACCUUAACUAGCUGUUCUCUGCCUGGUCGCCAUACUGGUAUAUGUUAUCUUGCCAAUUAAAUCAGAGUUUCAUUUUAAACAGACUUACCGUAAUCAAAAUUUAUAUUAUUUUUAGUUGAAUCAUCGAUACUGAUGUGGAUAUGGUAACUUGUGUUAUGUUUUGUUCUGAAUUACAUUGGUGUUUUUUGUUGAUACAUGUACCAAAGGACAGUCUCUAAAACUCACUUUUUACUAUGCAAAACUAAUUGUAUCUGAAGCAUCUCGGGAAGUUAAUUGGUCUGUGUGUAAUAAUAACAGUGAUACUAUACAAAGUAGCUUAUGUUUUUGCUUUGUUUUUAAAUCCAGUAAUUGAUUUUCAGUAAAAGCCAGGUGGAGAUUGGUCUUUUUAGUACAUACAGAUCACUUCCUGUAAAAAACGACUGAAUUAAACUGAAUGAAAAGGAACUUAUUUUUUUAUCAGCAGGUAAGAUGACAUCUGUAACAAGCCAAAACUGUUUACAGCUAUUUAAUUAUAAGGAUUUUAUACUGAUACAGUUGCUUUGGUGAUAUAAAAAAUUUUAGUGCUGAAACUCUUUUAACUGUCAAAUAAAUUGUGUCCAUGUGGUAUACUAUUCAUGGUUGUGUGUACAUGUUUGAGGCAUUGUAUCAUUGCAUUGUAUUCCCUAAAUCAGUGAUAUAAAGGAGAUAUUCUUCCAUGUAAUGUAAUGUGAUGUACAGCACAACAUCUUAAGGACCAUUGAUCAAAUUAAUCAUCCUUUUCUUAGAUUUGCAAUGUUGUUUUUCAACAAUUUGCUAGAAUAGAAAAAAAACAGAUCUGUAAUAAUUUGUUUAUAUUUGAUGCAUAUUUUUUCUUUAUAAGAACAAUAUUUUUAUUUUUAUCAAAUACAUGUCAAUAUUAUUUGGAACCAAAAUCAAGUGUUAUUGUAUAGCUAUUUUUAUAGAAGACCAAUGACAUUGGGUUCAUUUGAUCUGAAAGUAGUUGAUUCCUUGAUACAUUGUAUUUAUGGAUUGUUGUAAAUACAUGCAUUUUUGUUGUAUUGUGUUUAUAAAACUUCAGACAAUCAAAGCUAGGUAUAGGAAUCUAUUGAUUAGAAUGAAUAUGUAUGUUACGGCUAUUCUAGUAAAACAUCCAUGAUCCAUCCCAGGACUCCACAUUUUGUUUAGGGGUACAAACCAUAGGAUUUAUUGAUAAUUUGCCUAGAAGUAACAGGCAUAAAACCUUACCAUGGUGGAAUUGAUUCAUAUUUUUUUUUUGUCUUAGAUGUAGUAAUUUAAUGUUUUAAUGGAAAAGUCGUUAUUGGUGUAAUGAGAU